AUGCUGGCACCGGCAAUAGAUCUCGAGUCUGACACUGAAGUGCAGCGACACAGCGAACUGCUCCCGGAGUUGGCAAGCAGAUCUGGGGCAGAAUGCAAAACCGCGGUCCCUCCGACACGGCGAUGGGGCAGAUGUUUCUCUGGAACUACUCCUGGCACCGCUACAGCUCAGCGCAGCUGCGAUCCGGGGCCUUCUGUUUGCACCGUCUGCGGAGAUGAUGCUGUGACCAACAAAGAUUUACAACGCGCACGUGACGACUGGCAUAAACUUCUGGCAUCCGCACAGGCUCCGUACGAAGACCCCGAAUUUCCGGCAGAGCCGAAAUCAAUCUGUGGGCGCGAGGAGGAGUCGCUGAAAUCGCCUAAUGAGCCGCCUCAAUGCCGCUGUGGCCAAGCUUCCAGGAAGUCAGAGGUGCAGAAAGAUGGUCCGACAAAGGGUCGACUGUAUUGGCAUUGUGAGAAACGUCGUUGUGGCUUCUUCGCUUGGGCAGACUCAGAUCAUCGACGUCGCGAAAAGAUCUGGUGGCAGCGCUUUCCGGAGUUCAUGAUCGUCAGCGACUUCGGUUUUCGUGCAGAGGACCUGCGGCAGGGUGGCGUGGGUGACUGCUGGUUUAUGUCAGCGUUGGCCGUGGUGGCAGAGCGUCCGGACCUGGUGCUGCGGCUCUUCGGCGACACAGCCAGGAAUCAAGCAGGCUGCUAUCAAGUGAAUCUCUUUCUGGAUGGCGAGUGGAGA